CACUGUAAACUGUGAAAGAAUCAACGACCGAAACCCUAAACCAAAAUAUCUCUCGCAAUUUCUUGUUGACAUGGCAAGUGAAGCAAGUGAAGUUCUAAACCUUUUGACUCCUCAUUCUUCAGAUGGGUUUUAUGCAGCAAACAAUCAGUUUCAAAAGAAAGGAACAAAAGGGUUCACUGAGCUCAAGAUCUUGGAUAACGAUCUCUAUAUGAGGAUAGAUUUUCCUGGUGUCCCCAAACAAAAUUUACGUUUCUCGAUUGAUCAAGAAAAGAAAUGUGUUACUUUUGAAGGAGAGGCACCUCCGCAGUCUCAACACGAUGGGGGUGACCGUAGCUAUGUCUAUGAUCUGUUUCGUUGCAGCUGUUGUAAAAUCUCUAACGUUAAAGCAGAUGUGAAAGAUGGUGUUGCCAGGAUCAUACUUCAGAAAGUUACAAACACCAACUUCAAAAAAAAAAAAAAAACGGUUUGUUUUCUCCUUUACUUUGUGUGGUCUAUUGCAUUCUUUCUUUCUAUAUCUCGAAUGGGUUCUAAAGAUUUGCGCUUGCUUUUGUUUGCAGGAUGUGGAAGGCCUCAAUUAUCUCCAGAAUGUUGUGGGAAUGCUAUCCUGGAUCUUCUUCUUAGUGGGAAAAUAUCAACAGUUUCAGGUUGGCGUUUUACAUUUUCCUUUUUGUUACUGGAGGCUUUUGAAUCAAAGACCACUGCUAAUGGUGAGCUGUUUUUAAGGGUGGAUAUGCCAGGAGUUGAAGCAAAAGACGUCAAGGUUGUUGCUAAAGGUUGGGAAGUGAGAUUCUUUGACAAAGCUAGAAAAAGAGGCCAUGAUUUGGAUGGGCCUGAGUACAUGGGCAGUGUCUCAUUGUUACCCAUGACUAUCCUCAAGAGAAAGGUUGAGCAUGAGGUGAAGGAUGGUGUUCUGAGAAUGAACCCUGCUCCCAACUACAAAAUCACAGUUAUGAAACUUAUAAAACCUUGCCUUGCUCUCAAAAUCCGUUGUCCAGACAGGCUUACGAACCCCCAAGCCACUUAUUCGAAUAGCUUCAUUUCUCUCCCUAUGGCCAACGUAAUUGUUAACAUCUUCCCUCAUUCUUCAGGUGGGUUCUAUGCAAGUAAUAACCAGUUCCAAAUCAAUGGUACAAGAGGGUAUUCUGAGAGCAAGACAUUGCCAAGAGAUCAGUUGUUUGUAAGGAUAGAUCUUCCUGGUGUGUCUAAAGAAGCUAUACGUUAUUCAAAUUCAUCAGACAAGAAAAUGAUUUUCUUCCAGGGAGAAGCACCUCAGAUAUCCCCAUUUGAAGAAGGCCACCGCACCUUUCUUGGAGGUGUUGGGGUUAGUUGCAAAUGCUGUCAACUCGCUGGCUUGAAAUCCGAUAUGAGAGAUGGUGUUCUCAGGAUGGUGCUUCAAAAAGUCUCUGUCAAACGCCGCCGUCAAGAAACACCCUGCUCCAACGAUGGGUUUGUUGGAGCCAUUGAUGAUAACCCAUAUGUAAAAAGCGGAUCAAAGAAAGGUUUUGAAGCAAAACCAACAAAGGAAGGUGGGUUGUUUCUAAGGAUAGACAUGCCUGGAGUUGCAAAACAAGAUUCAAGGGUUUGGAUGAUGGAUGGAGAGGUCAGAUUCCUGGGGAAAGCUAGAAAGAUAAUAAAGCAUGAUGUGAGCGGGCGUGAGUAUCUUGGCAGCAUUUCUUUGUUUCCUAUAGCUACUGAUCAUGGUGAUGGUAAUUGUGGCAGCAGCAGCAGAAUCCGUGGGAAGAUUGUGCAUGAGAUGAAGGAUGGUGUUCUUAGGAUAAUGAUUCCACCUGCUUAAUUAAUUAUGUUAAUUAUUAAUUAGCUAGUUAGUGAUCAGUUACAACUAUCCUUAGUGUUAUACUAGAAAGUAGUGAGCUUAGAGCAACUUUCUUAUGUGAGAUUAUUAUCAUCGGAACGGUACUUGAUUAUGAUUUUCAAGAUUUUCAUUACUUGUUUUUA